GCACCGGCUCGUUUUGGGGGAGGUGCCUGCAGGACCCAACGUACUCAAUGAGCUUCCAGCGCAAUGUCCGAUCGCUCGGGGCCGACUGCCAAGGGGAAGGAUGGAAAGAAGUAUUCCUCGCUCAACCUGUUUGAUACGUAUAAGGGCAAAUCCUUAGAGAUCCAGAAACCCGCUGUUGCUCCUCGACAUGGCCUGCAGAGUCUCGGAAAAGUUGCCAUUGCCCGGCGUAUGCCACCCCCAGCCAACCUUCCAAGCCUGAAAGCCGAGAACAAAGGCAAUGACCCCAAUGUCUCACUAGUGCCGAAAGACGGAACAGGAUGGGCAAGCAAACAGGAGCAGUCAGACCCCAAGAGUUCCGAUGCCUCAACCGCUCAGCCGCCGGAAUCGCAGCCACUGCCGGCUUCACAGACGCCUGCCUCCAACCAGCCGAAACGACCCCCAACAGCCCCAGAGAACACUCCUUCGGUUCCAAGCGGGGUAAAGUCCUGGGCACAAGCCAGCGUCACCCAUGGAGCACAUGGAGAUGGUGGAAGGGCAUCAAGCCUACUGUCGCGAUUCUCUCGAGAGGAAUUUCCGACCCUGCAGGCGGCUGGCGACCAGGACAAGGCUGCCAAGGAAAGGGAGUCUGCCGAACAGUCGUCUGGGCCCGGACCAAGCCUCCGCCCCCAGAAUUCUACAACUUGGAGGGACGGAGGUGGGCGUGGCCCUGAUGAACUGGAGGGCCCGGACUCCAAACUUCAUCAUGGUCAUGAUCCCCGGGGUGGGCUGCAGCCCUCAGGCCCACCCCAGUUCCCUCCCUACCGCGGAAUGAUGCCGCCCUUCAUGUAUCCCCCAUAUCUCCCAUUCCCUCCGCCCUACGGACCCCAGGGGCCUUAUCGAUACCCGACUCCAGAUGGGCCCGGCCGUUUUCCCCGUGUGGCGGGCCCCCGGGGCUCAGGGCCGCCAAUGCGCCUUGUAGAGCCUGUGGGUCGGCCUUCUAUUCUUAAAGAGGAUAAUCUCAAAGAAUUUGACCAAUUGGACCAGGAAAAUGAUGAUGGUUGGGCAGGGGCCCAUGAGGAGGUCGACUACACUGAAAAGCUCAAGUUCAGCGAUGAGGAAGAUGGGCGAGACUCUGAGGAGGAGGGGGCUGAGGGCCACAAGGACUCCCAGUCAGCUGUUAGUGAGGAGCCUGAAGCAGAUGGCAAAGAGGGCACGUCCCCUGGCAGCCUACCACCCCCUCCCAAGACAGCCUGGACAGAGAACUCUCGACUUCCAGAAACGGAGCCAGCUCCUGCCACCCCAAAACCCCCCCCACCUCCACCUCACCGGGGACCUGUGGGGAACUGGGGGCCCCCUGGGGACUACCCAGAUCGUGGGGGUCCUCCCUGCAAACCCCCAGCACCCGAAGACGAGGAUGAGGCAUGGCGCCAACGUCGGAAGCAGUCGUCCUCGGAGAUCUCCCUGGCAGUGGAGCGGGCCCGAAGGCGACGGGAGGAGGAGGAGCGGCGCAUGCAGGAGGAGCGCCGGGCGGCCUGCGCGGAGAAACUCAAGCGGCUUGACGAGAAGUUUGGGGCACCUGACAAGCGGCUCAAAGCAGAGCCUGCGGCCCCACCUGUUAACACUCCUGCACCAGCUCCACCACCUGCAGUCCCCAAAGAACUGCCUGCUCCUUCUCUGCCGCCAGCACCAGCCCCAGCACCAGAGAAAGAACCCGAAGAGCCAGCACAAGCCCCUCCUGUGCAGUCCACCCCCAGUCCAGGGGUGGUUCCCGCUCCCACUCUGGCGAGUGGCGGCGGCACUGCCAGUAGCACCAGCAGUGGCAGCUUGGAAGGCAGCCCAGUGGAACCCCAACUGCCUUCAAAAGAGGGUCCUGAGCCAGCAGAAGAGGUUCCUCCACCUACCACAUCCCCAGCCCCAAAGGUUGAACCUAAGGGUGAUGGGGUUGGUCCUACUCGCCAGCCUCCCAACCAGGGCUUGGGCUACCCCAAAUACCAGAAGUCAUUGCCACCUCGCUUCCAGAGGCAGCAACAGGAGCAGCUCCUGAAGCAGCAGCAGCAGCAGUGGCAGCAGCAGCAGCAGCAGCAGCAGCAGCAAGGCCCUGCCCCUCCUGCCCCAGUGCCCCCAUCACCACCACAGCCUGUGACUCUGGGCACUGUACCUGCCCCACAGGCACCACCCCCACCCCCCAAAGCCCUGUACCCAGGUGCUCUGGGCCGGCCCCCACCAAUGCCUCCAAUGAACUUUGACCCCCGCUGGAUGAUGAUUCCUCCAUAUGUGGACCCUCGGCUUCUUCAGGGCCGGCCCCCUCUGGACUUCUACCCUCCUGGUGUGCAUCCCUCUGGUCUGGUUCCCCGGGAGCGUUCAGACAGUGGGGGCUCAAGCUCAGAGCCAUUUGAACGCCAUGCACCCCCUCUAUUACGGGAACGGGGCACCCCACCAGUGGACCCCAAGUUGGCCUGGGUAGGAGACGUCUUUACCACCACACCCACUGACCCUCGCCCUCUAACCUCACCUCUGCGCCAGGCAGCAGAUGAGGACGACAAGAGUAUGAGGAGCGAGACUCCUCCAGUACCUCCGCCCCCACCUUAUCUGGCUAAUUACCCAGGUUUCCCCGAGAAUGGAGCUCCUGGGCCCCCAGUCUCUCGCUUUCCUCUGGAGGAGCCAGCUCCCCCAGGACCCCGUCCACUACCCUGGCCCCCAAGCAAUGAUGAGGCUGCCAAGAUACAAGCUCCACCACCCAAGAAGGAACUCCCCAAGGAGGAGCCGCCGCAGGUGUCAGGACCAGAAGCGGGCAGAAAGCCCGCCCGCGGAGGUGGAGGCCAAGGCCCGCCGCCACCGCGCAGAGAAAAUCGUACUGAGACUCGCUGGGGCCCUCGCCCAGGCAGCUGCCGUCGUGGAAUCCCUCCAGAGGAGACGGGCGUCCCUCCUCGCCGAGCUGGGCCUAUAAAGAAACCACCACAACCUGUGAAAGUCGACGAGCUGCCUCCUAAAUCCCUAGAACAGGGGGAUGAGACCCCUAAGGUUGCAAAGGCAGACCCACUCAAGACAGCCAAGGGGAAGGUGGGCCCCAAGGAAACCCCACCGGGUGGGAAUCUGUCUCCCGCACCCAGGCUUCGGAGGGACUAUUCCUAUGAAAGACUAGGCCCUGCAUCCUGCCGGGGUCGGGGCCGACACGAGUAUUUUGCCAGAGGAAGGGGCUUUCAGGACGAGGGGACAAGAGGAGCUGGCCCUCUCCCAAGAACCGAAGCCGCCCUCCUGAGGAGCGACCCCCGGGGCUUCCUCUGCCUCCACCGCCCCCCAGCAGUUCUGCUGUCUUCCGCCUGGACCAAGUUAUCCACAGCAACCCUGCUGGUAUCCAACAGGCUCUGGCCCAACUUAGCAGCCGCCAAGGAAAUGUAACUGCACCAGGGGGGCACCCAAGGCCUAAGCCUGGACCUCCCCAAGCCCCUCAGGGCUCCUCCCCUCGACCCCCAACCCGUUAUGACCCCCCGAGGGCCAGCAGCGUCAACAGUUCUGACCCCCACUUCGAGGAGCCAGGGCCGAUGGUGAGGGGGGUGGGCGGGACUCCCCGGGACUCUGCCGGGGUUAAUCCCUUCCCCCCGAAACGGCGGGGGGGGGCUCCCCGAAAACCGGAGCUGCUGCAGGAGGAACCUGUGCCAGCUUCUCAUAGCUCUGGAUUCUUAGGCUCUAAGCCUGAGGUCCCAGGCCCUCAGGGAGAACCCAGAGAUUCAGACGCAGAGGCCCUAACUCCCCACAUCUGGGACCGUUUACAUAAUGCCACAAGCCGAAAGAGUUACCAGCCUGGCUCCAUAGAGCCCUGGAUGGAGCCCCUGAGUCCCUUCGAGGAUGUGGCAAGCACAGAGAUGAGUCAGUCUGACAGUGGGGUGGACCUGAGUGGAGAUUCUCAGGUGUCAUCAGGUCCCUGCAGCCAGCGAAGCUCCCCUGAUGGAGGACUUAAGGGGUCAGCAGAGGGACCCCCCAAGCGGCCUGGAGGACCCUCACCCUUGAAUACUGUUCCUGGUGAGGCUGCAUCUGGCUCUGAACCCUCUGAACCUACUAGGAGACGGCCACCUGUUCCCCAUGAUGGGGACAGAAAGGAGCUGCCCCGGGAGCAGCCCCUGCCCCCUGGUCCCAUAGGCACCGAAAGAUCACAGCGCACAGACCGAGGCCCAGAGCCAGGCCCCCUACGGCCAGCCCACCGACCUGGCUCUCAAGUUGAGUUUGGCACUACCAACAAGGACUCAGACUUGUGCCUAGUGGUAGGAGACACUUUAAAAGGAGAGAAAGAGUUGACAGCGUCGGCCACAGAGGCCGUUCCCAUACCCAGAGACUGGGAGCUGCUUCCCAGCGCUUCAGCUCCCACUGAGCCACAAUCUAAGAGCCUGGGUUCUGGGCACUGUGGUCCAGAGCCCAGCCCUUCAGGUCAGCGCCUAUAUCCUGAGGUCUUCUAUGGCAGUCCUGGGCCUCCCAGUUCCCAAGUCUCUGGGGGUGCCAUCGACUCUCAGUUACAUCCCAACAGUGGAGGCUUCCGUCCUGGGACACCCUCAUUGCACCAGUACAGGUCACAGCCCCUGUAUCUACCCCCAGGUCCAGCUCCUCCCUCGGCGCUGCUCUCUGGGGUAGCUCUCAAGGGCCAGUUUCUGGAUUUCUCAGCACUGCAAGCCACAGAGCUGGGGAAGUUGCCUGCUGGAGGGGUUCUCUACCCUCCACCGUCCUUCCUCUACUCUGCAGCUUUCUGCCCCAGCCCUUUACCUGACACACCCUUGCUUCAGGUACGCCAGGAUCUGCCAUCCCCUUCAGAUUUUUACUCUAACCCUCUACAGCCUGGUGGUCAAAGUGGCUUCCUUCCUUCAGGAGCCCCUGCCCAGCAGAUGCUCCUCCCUGUGGUAGAAUCGCAGCUGCCCGUGGUGAACUUCGGCUCCCUGCCACCCGCGCCACCUCCUGCUCCACCCCCUCUGUCUCUGUUACCUGUGGGUCCUGCUCUGCAGCCCCCCAGCCUGGCUGUGCGGCCCCCACCUGCUCCUGCUACUCGGGUCUUGCCUUCAUCUGCCAGGCCCUUCCCCGCUAGCCUGGGGCGAGCAGAGCUGCACCCAGUAGAACUAAAGCCUUUCCAGGAUUAUCGGAAGCUGAGCAGCAACCUUGGUGGUCCUGGGUCAUCUCGGACUCCUCCAACUGGAAGGCCCUUCUCUGGUCUCAGUUCCCGUCUCAAGGCUCCUCCUUCCACUUACAGCGGAGUAUUCCGAACUCAGCGCAUUGACCUCUACCAACAGGGCUCCCCACCUGAUGCCCUGCGCUGGAUGCCGAAGCCUUGGGAAAGGACGGGGCCACCUUCUCGAGAAGGGCCUCCCCGAAGAGCAGAGGAGCCUGGGUCCCGGGGGGACAAGGAGCCUGGAUUGCCCCCACCCCGCUGAGGGAGUUCCCCUUGACCCCCACCCCCGGGGCUUGUAUAUAGAUUAUAAAUAUAUAAGGGGGAAGGGGUGGCUGGGGAGGGGUUGUGGGUCUGGAGCCUCACUUCCCCUCUUCUCUUCCCCUGGUCCCCCAUCCCUGGGGCCGUUUGUUAAAAAAGAAUAAAAGAAUUAAAAAAAGGGGGGGAAGUCA